GUCAUACACACACGUUCACUCUGAGACCAGAGGCUCACAGAGGCUGACACUGACCUUAGCUUUCAGCAUCCUUCAUGUGAACAAAAACACCUCCAUAAGGUUUGAUGGUUUAUUAUUAAAAAGAAGCUGUUUGUUGUUGAGAUUUCUGAAGUUGUAUAAGACGCCCCGCUGUGUGUUUUCCAACCUGAGCUCUGAGAGAGUGAAGAUGUUCAUUAGAUGAAGGCCUUAGCUUGAGCUCGAGCCCUUAAAGCUCCAGCCCCUAAAGCUGGAUUUAAUCAUGUUUGAGUUAUAGUGAAGAAGUCGUGUGAAGUUUGUGAAUCAGAACUUCUCUCUGAUCUAAAUGUUAGAUUCUCUCAUUGAUUACACUUUCAUAUUUACACACAGAGAAGACUUUGUUCAUUUAACUCCCGUCUGCUUCGUACCCUGUGCCUGAUGGUUUUGAUUCAUGGAGCAGAAGUUUGAGCGGGGAGAGGUCAGAUUAUGGGAUGGUUGUAGCAGCUUACAAACGGACUCUGUGGACCUGAUCCAGAUUCAAGUUCCUCUAAAGUUUGUGACUCUGAACCGGCCUCUGUCACAUUGUUGUGGAGUUGAACGCGCUCCUGUCCUCUCCUGUUCUCCGCUGAGCGGCUUCAUUUGCUAAACAGGGAUAUAUAAAAAAAGAGGUUGCUUAGCAACAGUCAGAAGGAAGGCGUGGGUACCUGCUGCAGAAGAGAGGAGGAUAAACACAGACGGGUUUCAGGAGGAGAAGGAGUGUUUGGAUGUUUCUCUCUGAGCUGAAGGUAAACAGACGGACAGUGAAAGGUGACUCCAGACGUUUGGAGAGAUUGGGGAAGAAGAGUUUGACGUGUCGAACUUCCAGGAAGAGAAACACGAGUCAGAGCGUCCGUGAGUUAGUCUCCCUCCGGCUGCUUCUGAACGGAACUCCAGAUGAUGACGGGAAGAGCCAGAGUGAAACCGAAGCCAUGUAGGAUCAUAGUAACGCUCCGUCAGUGACCACGAGGGUUCUUCAUCAUCAUCAUCAUCAUCAUCAUCAUCAUCACCUGCUGAGUGAGAGGUUAAAGGAGCGCCUGAGAGAGGAGGAUGUUAUUUUUAUUUCUAGUUAUUUAUUAUCAUUAUUGGUAUAUUUGAAUAAAUGAUUUAAAUCUAACAGCCUCUCUCAGAGGUCAGACUGAGCGUUGUGGUUUAAGUUAAUAUCACAUCAUGAGUAGUUUUCAGAUGUUUGAAUGUAAAUAAUGUAGUUCUCUACAGAGACCUGGUCUCAUGAUGAAUCCUGAUCGAUCAGUGAUUAAAGGGAUCCUCCAUAAAGAGUGAUGUGGUGAUGAUGAUCUCUGAUGUGCGUCCCUCUGUGAGAGCGCCGCAUCGACCCGUCCUCUCCUCCAGGACGUUCAGUUUGAAGAGCCUGGAUCUGGACACCCAGCUUGUUUCUGGUUUUCAGUGGACGCUGGAGGAACUGCAGUCUGUUGCACUUCCAUGUUGGCUUCAUCUUUGAUCAGCGGCAGUAGCCGUGUGGUUUUAAUCUUCUGCAGGAAAGACUUGAGGCGUUUUUCAACCAGAGGAACUUUACCCCGGAACUAGGGAUGCAGGGGUUAACCGGUUUCACUAUUAACCGCGCUUACAAAUGUCACGAUUAAUCAACCGCAGAGACUCUGCCACACCGUGUUUUUAUUGUUAAAAAAAUGGGCCGAUACACUGUGUUUGGCGCAACCUGCACGGAACGAAAAAAAAGUGACACCUGGUGCGUCAGCUUAAUGUGCCGUACCUAUCAGGAGCGGGAGUCAGGACCACCAUACAGUCUACGCGGGAGACAUGAAAGCUGUGCUGCAUUAGUGCAACAAUGGCAGAGGGAUCUAGCAACGAAGUGUUGUAUCCACCCAAAAAACGAUUGAAGUCAGCAGUGUGGGAGCAUUUUGGAUUCCAUAAGAACGACCAAGGAGUUAUACAAGACGACGGAGCACCCGUCUGCAAAACCUGCCGCAAAAAAGUUAUGGCGAAAGGAUCAAACACAUCAAACCUGAUACAGCAUCUGCGAGAUCACCACCCAAGACUUCACGCUUUAAUAAAGCCAAACACCACCUCUGGUAUUGCUGCAGCUGGGGUUAAUCAAUCUACUGUUGCUGAAUCCUUUGCGAAGUGUGUGACUUAUGCGCCCUCCUCAAAACAAGCCCAGGAUCUGAACAAUGCUGUGGCCUAUUUCAUCUCCAAAGAUAUGAUGCCAUUUCAGAUAGUGGAAAAACCUGGAUUUCUUCAUCUAAUGAAAAAGGCGGUACCACAGUACAAAGUUCCGUCAAGAAGCUACUUCUCCGCCAACAAAAUCCCAGCCAUGUACAAAGAGGUACGAGCAAGUGUUGAGGAGCAGCUGGCAGAGGGUGUGUGGUUUGGUGCAACCACAGACCUGUGGACCAGCACUGGUGGUGGAGGAGAACCCUUUAUGAGCUGUACAGUCCACUACAUCUCUUCGGAUUGGAAACUGAAGUGUCACUGUCUUGAGACUCUUUAUUUUCCAGAAGAUCACACGGCAGAGCAUAUCACAGAAAUGAUGGAAAACAUGCUCCUGGACUGGAACAUAAAGAAAGAGAGUCUGUCCGGAAUUACAACCGACAACGCCAGUAACAUGAGGAAAGCCUUUGAAACAUUUCCCUGUGUUUGGUUUUCUUGUUUUGGUCAUAAUUUAAAUUUGGCCAUUUCCAAAGUCCUUAAGAUCUCAAGGGUGGAAUCUGCCAUCAGAUCAUGCCGGCAUUUGGUCCAAGGAUUUUCUCGAAGCUGGAAACGGAAACGUGAACUACACAAGAAGCAGGAAGAGUUAAACAUCGCUGAACAUUCCCUGAUACAUGAUGUGGUCACCAGGUGGGGAUCCACAUUUGAAAUGAUUUCCAGGUUCUUGGAGCAGCAGCAGGCAAUCUGUGCUGUGCUUGUAGGUAACAGAAGCACCUGGCAUCUUAUGCCCAAAGACAGUGACAUCACUGUCUUGGAGGAAGUGCACAAACUGCUUUGCCCUCUCCAUGACUUCACUGACAUUCUGGCCUCAGAAAGACAAGUCACACUUUCCGCUCUGCAGCCAGUUUUGGAGCACAUCAACAGUGUGAUGCUUCAAGAUGAAGAGGAAGACAGCGCUCUUACUAAACAGAUGAAGCAUGUAAUUAGAGAUGACCUGCUAAUGCAGCUGAGAUAUACAACAGAAAUGAAGAAUGUGCUGAGCAUUUCGAGUUUCAUUGAUCCCAGGUUCAAGGGAAGCUUUGCUGAGAAUCUUGAUGACAUAGUCAAGGCAUGCAGUGAUGAAGCAACUGCUCUUACAGCACAAGAACUUCCAGACACAGAACAGCCUCCAGCAGCAAUGGCACAGAGCACCAACUCCACCACCACCACCAAAAGGAAAGAGAAGAGCCUGUCUGGGUUGUUACAGAAAAUCACCACUGCAAGGAAGAACAGGUCAGCAGCAGCCUCAGAGGGACCACUGCCAACAGCCCUGGAAAAGCUUGAUACUGAGAUGAGACUGUACCUGUCUCUUCCUGCAAUCGAUGCUGAAGCGGACCCACUGUCUUGGUGGAAGACACAUGUGGAAGAAUUUCCAAUGCUAUCAAAAGUGGCCAGAAAGUACUUGUGCAUCCCUGCAACAAGUGUGCCUUCAGAAAGGGUGUUCAGUGCAAGUGGCCAUAUCCUGUCCCCUCAGCGUUCAAGACUUAGCACUGAAAAUGUGAACAUGCUCACAUUUCUGCACUUUAAUAUGAACUGAAAGGACUGGAUCAAAUGUUAGGUAUGUGAAAAGGGCCUGCUGCAUUUAAGUCCUUGUUUUGUUCAGAAGGGAAUAUAUAUUAUAUUUUUACUGUUACAGUUUUAUUUAUUAUUUGAAAGGCAGCUACACUGUUGAAGUUGAAUUAUGUUUCCAGGUUAUCUGGUUAAGUCCAGCAGUAUUUCAGGCAAAACAUGUCAUCUUGCUUUCUGUUAAAAGCCAAAUGUAUUUAUCCUCACUGAAUAUUUGCUGUUCAAAAUGUUAAGAAAAGCUGUUUCUUGCAAGUGAUGUCUAUCAUCUGGUCUGACACCUACCCACUUGAAAUUGACAAUAUUUUUGCCAUUAGUCUUGUUUGCUUUUGUGGGCCAUGAAAAGGCAUCAGUAUUAGUUUCUUUCUGUUUUACAAUCUGUUAAAUACUCGUCACAGUGGCUUUAAAGUAUUAUUUAUGCUUCAAAGCAUAGCAACAGUUUAAAUUAAAAAGCCAACAAUCUUUGUUUCACCAUCAAAAGGAGAGAAAUACAUUUUGUUCCUUUUUUUUCAUUGAAUUAUUUCAUUACUGUGAUAUUUUUGUUUCAAAUGGUAGCAAUAAAUAACACGAAAACUUCCAGUGUUAUGUCAUUUUAUACAUUAGCGAUGUGAAAAUAUGAAAAGCAUAAUAAUCGGGAUAAUCGUGAAAUCGUGAUUAUUUCUCUGACAAUAAUCGUACCAUCAAAAUU